UUUUUUUUUUUAGAAAAGAUAUCGGGAGAAUUGCUUUGUGUGUGUUUUUUCUGCCAUGCACCAACUCUUCAGUGAAAGCUGCCAAAGCUGUGGUUAAUGCGAGCUGAAAGAAGCUAGCAACUGAAGUAAGAGAACCGUUUGAUGGAAGAAAAGAAAAGGAAAAAACAAGAAGAAAAGAUCAAGAAAGAAACUACUCAGAAAAAGGCUGCUGGCCAGAAAGCCAAAGUGCUAGAGCCUGCUUCUACUAAAACCAGUCCUGGUUUACCCCGCCACCAUCUCCGCCCAGCCAGCCCUGCGACCCGCUCCUCGUCUCCUCCUCUCGGCAAUGGCAAGUCUGCCUUGUCCAUUGGCCAGCUCCAGAAUCAGACCUCUCCUUCGCCGCAGUGCCAGUUGUCCUCUGUCAGUGCUCGCUACCCGCCCAGAGAGGUGCCCCCGCGCUUUCGCCAACAGGAGCAGAAGCAGCUACUGAAGAGAGGGCAGCCUCUGCCUCCCGGAGCUCUGAGUGUGCUCACGCUCCCCUCUUCCUCAACGUAUUCUACCACUGCUACCAGCAGUAUCAACUCUGCCACCACCACCGCGGGCAAGAGGCUCACAGAUACCCCACUGAGCGGCGUGGGUGCCCAGCAUGAGACCUCUCAUUGGGGAGCAUCUUCACCUGUUGACAGCUCCUUCAGUGCCAACACCUGGGACAAAGUGAUUAUUGACGCGAGUGACACAGACUCUUGGCCUUCAAUCAGAGGCAGUAGUGACCCCAGUCACCCUUCUGCAGCAGAAUGCCCCGUGGGCUCCGCUAGUCCUGACCACGACACCAGUGCCGGCACUACAACAGAGUGCAGUAGUUUCCUGAGUAUGGCCACAGGUGCCGCAAGCCAGCAGACCCACUACCCGUCUCUGAAAUCAAACAAUAAUAUGAUGACCGGACCUGGGUCUGCCAGCACCUUAAGCGCCAGUAGGGGAUGGGGCUCAGAGGGAAAACCAGAUGCUAUGAAUGGUGGUCGAAUGGGAGCAGCCAAUAACUGGGGUUCCUCCAAUUUUAAUUUAAACCUCAAUCCUAAUGCCAACCCCUCAGCUUGGCCUGUUCUUGGUCAUGAGGGCACUGGCAGUAACGCACCCCCCAAUGGGCUGUCUAACUCUUCAUCUCUUACACCAGGUAUCAAAAGUAAUGGAAAUGUAGGGGCACCUGAUGUAAAUGGUGGAGGCUGGGCUGGCAUGAUGAGCGCUAAAGAAAUGGAUCAGCAACAUCCUACAACCAACACUUGCUUGUCUUUUAAUAUGGAACCUGCAAACCUUAAUUCUGACGGACCAAACCAUACUAAGCAACAACAGCCAACUCAGGAGCCAAUGAGCCCUAUCCACGGGAUGACUGGGUGGGGUGGCCAGUCUCCCACAGAAUCAUCCCAGCUCAAUGGAGAUACAACAGGCAGCUCAGUAUGGGGAAGUGGGGACACUAAGGCAGCUGACUCCCCCAAAGACUCUGGUUGGGACUCCAGCCCAUCUGGAGCCCUCUCUGCCUGGGGCCGUCAAGGCAGUGGGACAGGGAGUACUGGAGGUAGUGGAUGGGGGGACUGGGGAAAGUCCUCUGGGGGAGAUGCACCCAAAGGUUGGGACUCCGGUGAUGCUGGAAGUUCAGGCUCAGGCCAAGAGCAGCCACUGAGCUCGUGGGGCCAGCAGCCAGGCACGGCUCCAGCUAGUGAGGGCAGCGGAGAUAGUAGUGAGGGGCGAUCUCGCCGGAGAGAUAGGUCCUACAGCAUGGAAAUUGCUCCUGUACUUCCACGACAAGAUCUUGACCCCCGGGUUUUGAGUAAUACUGGCUGGGGACAGACCCCCAUUCGACAGCACACUGUGUGGGAGAUGGAAGAAGUCAGCUCAGAUGACUCGAAAAGUUGCAGCAGUUCAGAAACCUUAGGCAGCUCUGGCUCUAAUCACGCAAACUCUCCCACAUGUGGUGGAAAUGUAAUCACCAACAUUGGGCCUGGUCCAAGGCCAGGAUCUGGAGGGAAAAACGACAGUGACGUGUCAGUAUCUUCAAACUGGGGAGGUCCUCAGCCAAUGCAGAGUGGAUCAGAGUGGAGUGAUCCUCCACAGUCCAAAGCCCAAAAUGGCACUACCAGUGGGUGGGGAGAUCCUAUGCCUGCCAGUGGUUCUAAAAGUGGAGGCUCUUCUUCUUGGGGGUCUGAGGACAAGUCACCCAGUUGGGAUGAUGGUAUGACAAAAAGUCAACCAACUACUUGGACUGAGGGUUCCUCAAGCGGCCAUGGGUGGGGAAAUGGUAACGGGAGCUUAAAUGGCUCCAGCACAGGGGAAUGGGGAGAGCCAGAGGGCAAGAACAAUGGGAACUCCAGUAGCAUGUGGGAGGGAGAGGGUGGCAAUGGGGGAAGUUCUGGGUGGAAGGAGAGCCCUCGAGCAGGAAAUCGAGGUGGUGGCUGGGGCAAACAAGCUCCACCAGUGAAUAAUAGUUGGGGGGAUACAUCACGUACCAAUGGCCCGGUUCAGGGAGGCUGGGGCUCCUCCAAACCUCAGGAGAGCAGCAGUAGCAGCACAGGCAGUGGAGGAGGUGGUAGCAUUGGUUCCUGGGGUGGUCCCAGUUCUGUGAAGCAGAACAGCUCUAACUGGAGUAAUGCCAAUAAAGUGGAUCAGGGCAUGGAGCCAACUGGCUGGGAAGAGCCUUCUCCUCCCUCCAUUCGAAGGAAGAUGGAGAUUGAUGAUGGAACGUCCACAUGGGGUGAUCCCAACACGUAUAACAAGACUGUCAACAUGUGGGAUCGCAACAAUCCCAGUGGCAACCCAGGAAACAGUGGACCACCACCCAGUAAGAAUGGUGGAAUAAUUCUACCCAAUAAUAACAACCACACUGUGGGAAACAGCAGUCACCAUCACAGUCACCAUAUGCACCAUCACCCUCAUCAUGGUCCACCCCCAACUCACCUCCAGCACCAUGGAAACAACGGCUCGCCCAACAAUGGGGCCUCUCAUCCAGGAGCGGGCCCCCAAAGACCACCUAUCUCCAACCCAGGAUGGGGAGAGAUUCCUAAUGUCCAGCCCAAGUCAGAGCCUGCCUGGGGGGAGCCGGCAGCGCCAACUUCUGCUGUAGACAAUGGCACCUCUGCCUGGGGAAAGCCACCAGGAGGAGUCGGAGGCUGGGGAGAUGGUGGACAUGAGUCCUAUGGCAGGGCCAACGGGCCCCCUGGCUCUGCCCCCUGCAAAUCAGGCCCUAAACCUAUGCAAGAUGGCUGGGGAAAUGGAGGAGAGGAAAUGAGUAUGUCAACCAGCCAAUGGGACACAGAAGAGGGGGACAUGUGGAACAGUCCUACAUCCCAGGAGAGCAAUUCUUCUUGCAACUCGUGGGGCAAAAAGGGUCCAAACAAGGGCAAGAUGGGUAACAAGCCUGAUGAAGCUUGGAUCAUGAAUCGUCUGAUCAAACAGCUGACUGACAUGGGCUUUCCGAGAGAUCCCGCUGAAGAAGCAUUAAAAAGCAACAAUAUGAACCUUGACCAGGCAAUGAGUGCCCUGUUGGAGAAAAAGACAGACCUGGACAAGAGAGGCAUGGGCCUGUCCGAUUAUAGUAAUGGCAUGAACAAACCCCUGCUAUGCCGACCCUCUAUACUCUCCAAAGACCCCUCUGAUCGUACUACCUUUCUUGACAAGGAUGGUGUUCUGUCAGAUGAUUCUCCUUCAUCACCAUUUCUGCCUUCCCCUGGCCUGAAGCUCCCUCUGGCCAACAGUAGCCUUCCAGGGCAGGGUCUGGGACAGGGCGGCCCAGGGCUGGCAAUGCAAAACUUGAACAACAGACAGAUACCAAGUGGAAUGUUUGGCAGCAGUGGAGCAGCACAAACCCGGGCCAUGCAGCAGCAGCCUCCACAGCCACCAGUGCCACCUCUCAGCUCCUCCCAGCCGAGUCUACGUGCUCAAGUGCCUCAGUUUCUCUCCCCUCAGGUCCAAGCACAGCUCUUGCAGUUUGCAGCAAAAAACAUUGGUCUGAAUCCUGCACUUUUAACCUCACCAAUAAAUCCUCAACAAAUGACCCUGCUAUACCAACUUCAGCAACUGCAAAUGGCAUACCAGCGUUUACAAAUCCAGCAGCAGAUGAUGCAGGCACAACGCAAUGUUUCUGGCCCUAUUAGACAACAAGAGCAGCAAGUUGCACGUACAAUCACCAACAUGCAGCAGCAGAUCCAGCAGCACCAGCGUCAGCUGUACCAGGCGCUGCUGAUGAAGCAGCAGCAGCAGCUUCCUUCUCAUUCCUCCAACUCUUCCUCCUCUGCUGGCCUGCACCCCCCAGGCCCUCCUGGAGGUCCCAGCAAAUCAUCUCUGGACCCUUUCUCUGGCUCCCACCAGGCCCCAGGCCUCGCCGACACACUGCACACCAAAGAGCCUCCGUCUUCUCCCAACGCCUACAACACCUAUCCUCUCACUGGACUGAAUCCGAACAUGAAUGUAAACUGCAUGGAGGUGGGGGGCCUGUCCCUGAAGGAGCCCCCUCAGCCUCAGUCUCGUCUGUCCCAGUGGACACACUCCAAUGCCAUGGAUAACCUAUCCGGCAAUGCCACUAAUAUGGACAGCAACCUCAAUAAACACGGUGCCAUAACUGCUGCCUCUACUCUGGGCCCUCCUGGGAAAGCCCCUCAGCUGGAGGACUCCUACAGCCCUUAUAACCUAAUGUCCUCGACUGAGGCUCCCUCCAGCCCCCUGGUCACUCCAGAUAGCUGGGGCCAGGGCAAGAGCCCCAACGAAAAGAUUUCUAAUGGCAACAACAUUAACUGGCCUCCAGAGUUCUGCCCAGGCGUGCCAUGGAAGGGCCUUCAGAAUAUUGACCCUGAGAAUGACCCCAACAUGACUCCCGGCAGUGUCUCAACUGGUCCCACCAUCAACACUAACAUUCAUGACGUCAAUCGAUACCUUUUACGGGACAGGAAUGGGGGGAAACUCUCUGACAUGAAGUCCACUUGGUCUCCAGGGCCCAUCUCCCAAAGCCAAGGCUCUCUGUCCCAUGAGUUGUGGAAAGUACCCCCAGGCCCACGGAGCACCACCGCUCCCUCACGCCCCCCACCCGGUCUCACCAACACUAAACCUUCCUCCACCUGGGGUGGGAACUCCCUUGGCCUGGCCCAGGGCUGGAGUGGCUCCUACUCCUCUGAGGGAACCACUUGGAGCACGGACAGCACCAACAGGACCAGCAGCUGGCUGGUUCUGAGGAACCUUACUCCACAAAUUGAUGGUUCCACUCUGCGGACUCUCUGCAUGCAGCAUGGUCCCCUGAUCACAUUCCACCUCAAUCUGACCCAGGGCAAUGCUGUGGUCCGCUACAGCUCCAAGGAUGAAGCUGCCAAAGCCCAGAAGUCUCUGCACAUGUGUGUGCUUGGAAACACCACUAUUCUGGCAGAGUUUGCUGGUGAGGAGGAGGUGAACCGCUUCUUUGCACAAGGCCAGUCACUGGGGUCCAACACCACUAGCUGGCAGGCCAACCAGGGAACCAAUCAAAACCGGAUGGGCGGGGCUACGCAGUCUCACACUAUUGGUCAGUGGAGUAGCAGUGGCGGCGGAGCAGGAGGCACUGGAGGGGCCAAGACUGGCGGGGGCAGCGGCGAACUGCUGUGGGGAGGUGUUCCACAGUACUCCAGUCUGUGGGGGCCUCCGAGCGGAGAGGACACCCACGUCAUCGGCAGCCCCACUCCCAUCAACACGCUGCUGCCUGGAGACCUGCUGAGUGGAGAGUCCAUGUAGAACCAUGCAACACCCAAACACCUACUAGCCUUCUGCCACCGUGAUAUGAAGCAAUUGGUGCAGAGCCGGCUACAAACCAAUUCAAUAUGAACAGGAGCUAAAUCCAAGCAAAUCAUGUGGCGAUAAUCAGUAUCACUAUUUUGAACUAUGUUGAACUGUGAAUUGUAAAUCAGGAGACUGGGGUCCUCAACACACAAAGAGACUCCAGUUCUUUUGUUUUACCUUUUGUUAUUUUUGAGAAGAAAAUAUUUCUUCUUCUUUUUCCUUUUGAAGCAAACUGAAAAGUGUACACAGAGGAAGCUGUGUAUUUGUUUUGUUUUCCAUAAGUAUACAACAUUCUGUGUGAAGUGUUUUAGGAGAAGCAAUCAAAGCUGCCAUCUGAGACUUUCCUUUCCCCUCAAAAAGAAAUCAUCCCAAAACAAGACUUAAAAUGACCAUUCCCAGCAUGUCCAUGGCCAAUGACCAUGUGGUUCAAAGACCUUUACUAGCAAUGUUCUUGUUUGUUUCUCAGCACUAAUAUUAGCCUUAAGUGCUCUAUGGCCCAGGUUCUUCCCAAGCCGCCUUUAUUUGUUGGUAUUUUGUUUUUGUAACUGAAGAAAUUGCUAAAAUCUUGCACAGUUUUCACCUCUGAGCCAGAAAGUGGUACAGGACACAACUGGUGACCCACAGUCACUGGGCAGUAUCGAGGCCUGACCCGAGUGUCUGGUCCUACCAAUCAUCAGCGCCAAUGUUCCUUUACUCCUUCAUCUCUUUACUGUUAGUUUUGUAGGUCAACCCUGUCUGUGGAAAGUAACCACAACAUAUAAGCUCACAGAUGCGGAUUUGUUUUUCCAGUGGCACUGAAUCAUGAACAAAUCCACAUACUUCAUGGAUACCAGUUCAUCAGCUGGUGCUUAAGUUAAAAUUUUGUAUUUGUUGUUUAUAGGAAGUCCAGCAGUUUGCAUGGUCUGCCAUUUUUGGAGGACAAAAUCCAAUUUGAACUUUAAAGACAGUAUCAUUGCAAUAUGCCAUAGACUUCUUCCGUCCAUCCUCACCACCGGAAUUGUUGCUUUUAUUUAACCAUUUUCUACUUGUUUUGGUGCAGCAGCAAAAGACUUUGGAACUUCUCUUUUUAAAACUUGGACUUAUCCUGACCGCCAAUUCCUAUAAACUGUUGGGACAAGUUUGCAUAGAGGAAGGUUGAACUAAGCAUGCUGAAAACUGUUCUAAGAAGUGAGACGAAACGCACACUUCCUCUGUGCGCAAAACAGCCACACCCAACACAGACUGAAUCCUCCUGGGAUUGGCCGGUUCUGGCUCCCUGGCACAAUACCAAAUAAGAGGGGUUUCUCCUAAUGCAGUAGACCUACGAGUGUUCCUUGAGUUUGGUACUGUACAAACAGAAAGAAAUGACUUCUAUAAAUUCAAAGGGUUUUAUCAUAGCACUUAUGAAGAGCAAACUGCUUCAACUGCAAUCCAGUAAAUCAAAAAAGAGCAGCCAAAAAAAGAAAAAAAAAAAAAACUAAACAAACAAAACAAAAAAAGCUGCUCUUCAUGUACUGUAUGUAUUUGAUGGCGUUGUAUAAGGCGUUGGUCCUCUGGUAGCAGGGCACGAGAAACUGAAAUGUACCUUUUGAACUUUCGGGGACACACCGGCAGUGUGGUGGUUGUCCUCUUUUGAACAAUAUCGAAGUGAAUAUCACUGUUACUCCAAAUGUUAAGCCUUGAUUAAUUUGGAGGCACUAGACUUGCAACAUUAGCUGUUUCAGACCCCCGCUGGCCGUCAGUGGUCAGUGCGUGCGUCGGAGGGUGGUGGGGAGCUGGUGAGUCCACUGAGUGCCUCUGCUGUGGUCUGGGCUGCUGACGGAAUCACUUCCUCUUCAUUUGCGUCUCAGUAUGGCAAGAAAACAACAGCUCGGCCUAAACAUGGCAACAUCUGUCGCCCGCCCUCUCCCCACCACCACUCAGUCCUUUGACACAAAGAUCACUUUAGCUGGAUCAUGUAAUAGUCAUAUUUCUGGAAUUUUUGCCAGUGUAAUUUCUAUGAUGGUUUUUUUUUUUUUUUUUUCUUUUUUUUUUUUGUCAGUAUGUGUCUACAUGCAGUGGUAAAGCAAAAUAUUUGCUGCAGAACUAGCCCUUCACUGUUCAUAUGCAGAACACUUUGGUCAGAGGUGCCUCUGUAUGUUCAUCCUGUGUAUUGAAUGCAAAACAAUACUACAGACCAUUAUCGAUUGUCUUUAUGUGAAACUGCUCACGCUUUGUGUUUGACAGUAUCUGUAGUACUUCCAGGUAGUUGUCUUGAGAUGUGUAAAAGUAGAGUGUCUCACACAGGGUUGUAGCUGUUGGUUGCUCCACGCUGCUCCACCUGUCCACAGGCUGUCCCCCCUGUGCCUGUUGCCAAGCUGCUACGUUAUGACCUCCUCCUCCUCCAGACCCAGUAGCCUCUACCCCAUCAGGCACCCAAAGGCCCUCCAAUCUGUUUCUAUGCAAAAGACUAGAGGCUGGAGCAUGCCACUCCUUUUAGGAGAAAGCACUUGUUUUCAGAGCUUGAAGGUAUUCAAGCUUGUAUCCCUGAGCCCUCCCAUACUGGCCGCAUGAACACUGUUGAAACGUAUGUCCACAUUUCUCUGGUCAGCCUUUGCCCCGCUCUGUGCUGACCGCACUAGUGUCCAGCUAGAUCUCAGGGUAGAGGAGUUGAUGAUACAAAGUAUGCUCUCCGUGAUUGUCCUUUUGACUGUGAGAGCAAUGUCUUACUUUUAAAGGCCAUGUGCACAACUUAAACACAGACCUCAUGCUGAACAAACGUAAUUAGAAGUUGACAGGAGGAUAUCGUCACAUCCUGUUUUUUGUGGCCUACUGCGAGCACCAGGGGCCUGUAUAGCAUAGUAAGGUGCCAUGAUGUGCCAAUCCGCUGCACAGCACUUGUUUCCUGUGAGGAGGAGCUUUGAAACACUGAGCAGAGGGCACAGUGGGGACAGAAGGAACAAAGACAUGGGCCCAACGCUCCGUCCUGUAGACAUGAUUAUAUGCUUUGAGGGGACACCCACAUAGGAGAAAGUCCUUACUCAGUUGUGGGUUCCAGUUUGCUACAGUGCACAGUUGAUGAUGGGUAAUCCCGGGUACAUAUUUUUUUAAAACCAAAAAUGAAAUUGCAUUUUAACGUCAUUUUUAUGAAGUUUGACAUAAAAUCUUAAAAAUGUUUAAAAAAUCUAAAUGUAAAAAAAAGAUCUAUAAUAUGUUAAUGCUCUGCACUUCUAGCUGAAACGUUUCUGGUCGUCAGUGUCUGCUGCCACCAUCCACUGGAGCAAGCUGGCGGCUGGUGCCUUUUUGUGGAUGCUAUAUUUAUCUUGUUUUAUUUUUGUGUCCUGCUCAAAGCGGACCCUCUGAACUGUACAUUUCCACAAACCCAGAUGACUUGGGCCCACUGUAUCAGCCUCACUCUUCUUACAGGAGAGGCUCAGACUUCAUGAGGUACAAAGUCUUAAAACAAAAGAAAAAAAAUUAAACAAGAAAACAGAACACGGCUACCUUUCGGGGCUCUGCGUCCUGCAGCACACAAGCAAAAAUCACUAUUGCCUGUUUCUGUAACUGCCUUGAUCCAAGCUCAGACAGACCCAAUAGCCGAGGACCUCCCAGCAUCCUGUCCAACUGGAGAACCCUGACCGUGAAGGGGGUUUCCCGUGCUGCACCAGCAUCGAGAGGCUCUCCUCUCAACCGCUACAUCUGUCAACAGUAUCUAUGUACAUUAGGCACAAUGAUACAUAUUUACUGUUCCUACGCUGUGUUCUAUCAAGACUCUUGGAUCCAAACUUCUGAUGCGUUCUGUUUCUAUUCCAAAAGGUCUUUGAUACAAACUGAAAAAGAGCAAUAUGUAUUUUUCCCGCAAAUAAGUAGGUGGAAGAAAAGAUUUUGGGUCGGAUGUUAACUUGAUACUUGAUUGAAUGAAAGCUGCAUCUUUCUGAUCUGGCGCUGGAUGUGCACACUCAUACGCAGUACAAACUGUGUUGUACUGUGCAUGUGAAGUUCUUGUUUGUUAGCUCGUCUAAAAGCCCAACCUGAAUCAUCUGCUUUGAUGCAUAUUUUAACCUAGUGGAAUCACAAACAUAUCAAAACAAAAUACUGAACACAAAUACUUGAAUCAUACAGCGCCAAUAACAUAAUGUGAAGUCAGUAAUUCAUUUUGUUGUCUCAAUCGGACAGGUACACAUAGGGGCUUUUAGAUUUAUCAAAAUGUAUUUCAUUAAGUUACAAAAUAGUAGAAAAAAAGCAGUAGUCCUCUUAGAUGUGUGCUUGCUGUUGUAUGAAUGUAUGCAGAGAAAUGUGAGGAUGAUCCACUCAGUAUGAUCACUUUGUUUUGUUAAUUUUGUUCUGUCCAAACUAUUCUGCUUGAUGUUGUUAUUAUCUUCUAAUGUUGCACUGAGUGUCUUCUACCCCUCGCUCAGCUAAUCGUAAAAAAGGAGUCAAAGUACAGAGGGGGGACCGUGACAAUUCACGUGUACAUGUUUACUCAAGGACUUAAUGGAUUUUAUUUCAUUCUAUAUGUAAAAAUUAUCUACCUUAUAGUGGCUUUUAUUGUGGAAUAAUCCAACAUAAGGAUUAUAAGUAUUGCACCACUUUGUUCCAGUUCAAUAUAAAAAAGUAUAAAAAUAAAAAAAAUAACAAAGAAUUUUUAAAAAUCUGAAAAAAAAAAUACAAAACAAAAAAGCCAAAAAACAAAAGAACUGUGGCCAUAGCUAGCUGUAGAAAGACUAGUAAAUCCCUAUGUUACUUCUUUGAAAAAAAUAUUAAGGGAUUCAAGGAGAUAACAGUGCAGGAGGUGAGUUUGCUCCGAAACUCAUUUCAGAGGUGCCUAUCUUUUCAUUUGUUCUGCUAAAGCCACCUGUCGUUUACAAGCAUUUCAUUUGUCUAGAGUUUAAGGACUUAGACAUAUACAACAGCAAUGUUUGAAAAAAAGUUCAGUUCAUCUUCCAUCAAAAAUGGACAUAAAAUCUUACAAAAUGAAGAUUUAUGCUACUUAAGAACUCUGGGAUUGAUCAGUGUUGUCAUAUUUGGAUUUUUAAUUUUUGUGUCGAUGGACUAUCUCUGUAUUUGUGAAAUGUAUGUUUUUACUUUCUGUAAGCAACAGUUUGCUUACAAUCUUGCACACUCAUAAAAGAUGUGGAUUUUGUCUCAGGAAGGCCAGGGUUCCAGUUACCAACUCCAUCAUUUUUAUGUUUUUGUUUUUGUGAAAAGAGCAACUGAAGACCCAAGCGGCAUGGAGGUUGGACAGAAUCUAGUACCAUUUUGUUUGAAACUAAAAGUUUGUAGCAAGUUACAUAAUUACCAAAUAAGACUGAGAAUCAGCUUGGAAAAGUGGUGUGCUUUACAUGUGAAAUCUAAGUAGAAAUUGCUUUACAUUGAUAUGAACAGUUUGAUUGUCAAAAGACAUUGACAGAAAUGCAUUUGUAUGUUUGUUCUUUUGAGCUGUUUUUUCCUGUUGGUUCAGGAGCAUUGUGCAAGUUUAGUUUGAAUCAGCUCUCUGCGUGUUGCUGAGAGGUUCUUACAUGUACUGAGGGAUUUCAGAGGAGGAUGUAGAAAGUUCAGAUGGUUUCUAAAGGAUCCUGAUCUAUGCACAAGUGGGAGGGAGAGUCCAGGCUGCAGACUGCGGACCUGUGCACUCGGGGGAGGGUUCAUGUGGGUUGUUCUGUUUCUUUCUCUCUCCUGUUACCCAUCCCCUCCUCUAGCCAAUUCUUCAUUAUCUAAUGUUUUUGCAACACAUUACAUUGUGAGGCCAUGCUGUGUAAUUUAACCAAUGACCGCUUAUUUUCUGCUAAAGCACUGUGGGUUAUACUGACAAAAGCCCAUAACCUUUUUUUAAGGGAGGGGGUGGGGGGUCAACAGGGGGACUUUGCCUUUGCCUCUCUUUACUUUGACAAACAUUAAAGAAAAUGUCUGUAACUCAAAAUACAAAGUUGUGGCUUUUAAUGUUGUUCUUUUUUUCUCCUCAUAGAAUGUGAUUGUUAAGGACAUGAACCGGGAAAAAAUGUUUCCAUUGACAAUGGAGCUUCUUUCUGACUAUAUUAAUAAAGUACAGAUUUUCUUGGCUGUAA